AUGACACCGGAAACAGCGUGCUGCCCAUUCCCUGAGGUGCUCGAAAAGUCUGGUCUGAACGCAAACGAUCGCGCUGCGGUACUGGAGCUUGUUAUGGACGUUACCGGAGUGAACGAGAUCGUUGAGAACUCACUGGAUCUUAUGAAGAACAUGAAACGGGUAGGAUUGGACGCAGACCUCGUAUCGAUUACCAACGCGAUCGAUAAGGUUUUCCUUGGGCUUGAGAAAAGUCUGCAAGCAGAUCAACGACGCGAACUUGCCGGACGUCAGUACUCCUUCCUCACAAAAGGCCAACUAAUGCAAUUGUAUGGCGAAAACGGUAUUAUGAACACAACCAUGGCCGAUCUGCCUUUCAACGUCGAUGAACUGGACUCAAUGAGUAAACGAGAGAAGGACGAGGCGCUGAAGAACGCCGUUCGUCUGAUGGCCGAAGAUCCAAAAGCGUUUCGUCGACAUCGGCGCCACAAACGAACGAUAAAAAUUCAAUACUACCGACACACCACUCUGGCGCCCUACGCGUUUGCUCCAACAAUAAAUACGCUGCGACUACUCAGUUUUCGUACGGGAAAUGUGGUACGCAUGAAGUGGGGUACAGCAUCGGAUUAG